CGUCAUUCUGGGCCGAUGCAUCCCAUCUCCUGACCGAGAAAUACCGCGCUCCCGCAUAAACCUUCAAUACGCACUCAGCAGCACGGCAUGUGAGUUGACAGACCACAAGAACCCGUCUCCGGCCCAAGUUACCCGGCCACCAUGGCAGCGAACCGCCUGACCUUCCUGUACCCGCACCUCUUCCGAGGAGGUGGCCGUUGGACCGACCCCGCAGCAUCACAGGCCGUGCGUAGCUCUCGUCGCAAACAGCCAUCGGCCCGGUCCCCGACAUCCCUAUGCGGCCAACAUGCUACCCCAUAUACGACGCCCUCGGCAAGGAGGCAGGCCGUCUUUGCCAAGCGGGCCGGGAAGGGCAUAGAGCCUCUGUCGCUGGAUGGAUCCAAGUCGCAGUCGAAGGGUGAGGGAGGGAAGCCGGAAGGGCAAGAUCCCGCGCAGGCCACCACGCAGCCGACACCAACCACACCGCCACCAUCUGGCAAUGGAAGCCGACAGUCUACCUCUCCUCCCCAAUUCGACCUUCCCCAGACCAUCGAGCUACCCCCGCCGGGAGACAUCGACCCUGUCACCCAAACCAAGAAAGGCAGUCCAAUGGACGAAAUCCUACACAUAGGCCCUCCACCGGACUCUCUCCCCCCGCCGCCGCCCACGAUUGUUGCCGCUGAGUUGCCCAGGGAUUCUAGCAACAAGAGCAGCACCGGCACCGGCACCGACACGGACACUUCCCCGUUCAAAAACACGAAACCCCCACACCUCACUCCACCCCCCUACAUCCACCACUUUGACUCGUACACGCUCGUCAAGCAGCUCACAGCCGGCGGCUACACGCUCCCACAAGCCAUCCUCGCCAUGAAGGCGAUCCGCACCAUCCUGGCCUCCAACCUGGACGUGGCACAGGCCGGCCUGGUGUCCAAGGCCGACGUCGAGAACGAGACAUACCUCUUCCGGGCGGCGUGCAGCGAGCUGAGCGCCGAGGUGCGCAAUAACCGCCGCGUGGCCGAUGAGCAGCUGCGGCAGCAGCGCACCCUGCUGCAGCACGAGGUCGACAUCCUCGCGCAGCGGCUCAACCAGGAGCUGCUGACGCUGAAUGACAGCGUGCGGGGCAUGUUCAACGACAGGCGGAUGGCGGUGCGCGAGGAGCAGAAGGCUGUUGAGAGUCGGAUUCAACAAAUCAACUACAAAAUCAGCGUCACCCUCAACAGCGACGCCAGGUCCGACAUUGAGGGCUUGCGGUGGGUGCUGAUCCGGCGAUCGGUCCUUGGUAUCAUCUUCAUGGCUGUGCUCACGCUGAGCACCAUCCGGUACACCACCUACAUGGGCCGCAAGCGGCAAAAGGAGGCUGAGCGGCUGGCGAAAGAGGCCGAGGAGCUGAAGAAGAACGACGGGAGGUCGGACCUGUCGCCCGGGCCUGACGCGGCCGAGAUCUUGGCGGCAAAUUGACGGCCCAGAAUAACGGAAUCAGCACCGGAUUACACAUAGACAUGAUUGCAUAGCGAGCGCGAGGGGCUGGAGCCGGAGCCGGAACCGGAGCCAGGUUACAUAGAUGACAUCCAUGGCCGACCCGAGUCGCCAUCUUGGAUUCCAACAUAGAAAAAUAUACUUGGCUGAAUUAGACUGGCC